AUGGCAGAUACAGUCGAACAGGCCAAACGUAAGGCCGCAGAGCAAGCGGUGAAAGAGCACUUCGACCCUGAAGCAAGAUACGUUGGCAUCGGAAGCGGAACGACCAUACUAUACGUGGUGGACGCGAUCAAAGCAGCAUCCACCAACCAAAAUAUCAAGUUUGUUCCAACUGGCUAUCAAUCAAAGCAAGCUGUUCUCGCCGCUGGACUCACACCAAUUGAUUUCGACUCGUUGCCUACUAAUCAGGUUCUGGACGUGGCAUUCGAUGGAGCAGAUGAGGUCGACGAGGACUUGAACUGUGUCAAAGGAGGUGGAGCCUGUCUGUUUCAAGAAAAGCUGGUAGCGGAGCGAGCUAAAAAGUUUGUGUGUGUCGCUGACUAUAGGAAGGAUCAGUCACGGCUAUUAACAAAGUGGCCUGCGAUCCCGAUUGAGGUCGCUCCCCUCGCAAGGUACACUGUCAUUGCAGCUCUCAAAGCUCUCGGCAGUUCCAAUCCGGUCGUACGGGAUGACUACAUGGCAAAAGCUGGACCGAUUAGGACCGAACAAUACUUCUUCAUCAUCGACGCUCCAUUUCCCACUCUAUUGACUACAGGUGACGCCGCGAAAGACCCAAAUGGAGGAGACGGUACUGAUGGCAAAUGGGAAGUCGGGAAGCUCAGCCGCGCCAUCAAGAAAAUUACUGGCGUACUAGAAGUCGGCUUAUUCUGCGGCAUGGAUGGUGUGGAAGCCACUAGGGCUGGUUUGACCGGCGGACAGAAGCCAGUCGCAGUUUACUUUGGUUUGCAAGAUGGAAGUGUCAAGGUCCGAACGACGAGGAAAGACGAAGCUGCAUAG